AUGCGUUCCAUUAUCGCAUUUUCGUCGAACGCGAUGGCAUUCCUUACGGGUUUAGUGGUCUGCUACUUGGCGCUAGCAGUGACGGCGGCGGAGUUUCGGUUCACGAAUGAAUGUGCUGUCGUCGUUCAAGUGUGGACCGAAGGCAACUACGUCGCGUGUCGACUGGAGCCAGGGGAGUCCAAGGACGAUAACUGCGGCGCAGGUCCGUUUCCUGUCCAAGGCUCGUUCCGAGUCAGUGGAGAGGUCUUGAGGUUGGAGUACACGCAACACAUGCCAGGGGAUUCGUGGCAGCAAAUUUGGUUUGAUUUCCAUGCAGGGACAGGAACACCCACAUUGGUCGAACCGUUGGUAUCCAAGGACCAGCGGAGCAAUUGCCUGCCACUAAACUCGGCAGACCCGACCUACCCCACGCGCGACUGUCCACUGAAUGAAGUGCUUAUGGUGACGUAUUGCCCUUCGACCACCAGAAGUAACAAAACCAAGACGUCCGCACUCGAAAACAAGACCGGACGAGCAAGUCUCAACGCCACUAACAGCAGCAAUGCCACAGCCGUGGCCACCCCGCUUCCUCCCACCAGUCCAUGGCUCGUUCUCGGGAUAGCAGUGGGAACGGUGGCCUUGUCGGUUGUCAUUGUGUUUGUGUGUGAAGUCUAUCGUUACCGCCCGUCAACGAUUCCGCAACCCCGCGACCCAUCGACCAAGCCGACGACGCAACAAGGAGAAGAUGGCAUUCGAUCGAGCUGGUUAUAA